AUGAUAUCUGACGAUUCGGAUGAGCGUGGCAUCAUGGAGGGGCCCUCAGAUCCGGAUGCGCAGGCUACCGUGACCGAUUUUAUCGACUAUACCGAAUACCUCCCUUCAGACCUCGUUCGUUCCCUGACCCUGAUUCGUGGCCUGGAUGAGACCUACCUGGACGCUGCAGCCUCCGUACACGAGCUUACAAAGAUCUAUGGACAACUACCCAAUCUGCCAGCAGAUUCGCGGCCUGACCCCGUCGUUCUACGAAGACAAAUAUCAGAACAAUUGGGGCGCGUGAUGAAUGCGCGAGAGUCUGCCUACGCGGAAGCAUGUCGCCUCUACGAUGUGGUUGAUCGCCACUUUGACCGCCUUGGGAGCAUCAAAUCCAAGUUGAAUGCACUACUAAAGACUUGUACUGCAAUUUCCCGCGACGAGUCUGCCCCUCCUCUAGCCGAAUCAUCACUUGAAACAAAACGAGAAAGAAGUGGCCGUAAAGCUGGCGAGACACGUUCUACACAAAGGAUAACUUUGCAUAUCGAUGGAACCCGACAAGUUGUGGCUGGUUCGACCGUUAAUGAAACACGCCCACAAAAUGGAAAGCCACAGGGCGUAGCGACCCGAGGUCCUAACCAUGUUCUGCGAAAUCCGGACUCACCUAUUGCCAGCACGGAGCAAUCAGACGAUGAUCUUGGGCCCAGCUCGUCGCAUGCUGCCGAAGCCGCCCAGUCGCUCGACACAUCCAAGAACAAAAGAAAGUCGAAAAAGCAGAAACAUGUGAUCAGCCGUCACAUCUCUCAGCCGUCAGAUUCUAGUGGGAAUGCGGAGAUAAGUCAAAUCGAUACCUCUACUAGCAAUGCUUUGGCAAUGCUAAAACCUCCCCCGGACGAUGCAAAAAUCGGAAGCGAACAUUUCCCAUGGCUCCGUUUGACUGAAUGGGAAAUGACCAAGCUUCGAAAGAAGAUGAAGAAGAACAAUAUUUGGCAACCUAGUGAAAUUAUGAUCCACCGAGAACUUGCGCUGCGUGGUCGAGGAUGGGAAGGCUACAGAGCAGCCAAGCUGAACGCUGAAGCAACCGGCGCUGAGUUUGUAGACUGCGACGACAUAACGAACAAUUAUGUUCCAGGAAAACUUGUCCGAAAAAGCGAAGUAAACGCGGAUGUUUCGGGGGUGGAGGAAACCAAACUAAGUAACCGAGGUAUGAAACUUAACGAGGCGAAGAAGCUGAAACGCGAAAACCUUGCACGGGAACAGGCAGCUCUCGCUGCGGCCGAAGCGGAGAUGGCGGCGAGACGACUCGGGGACAUCGGGUCUACAUUUAAAAGCUUGUUUCCAAGCCCUGCUGAGCAGAAUCUUUACAAUAACGUUCAAUCUGGACUUUUAGGUACACCUUUCAAAGCUAACGGUCCUGCAGUGAAAGAUAGGCCAAAGGUAUCAAAGCAGACCAUGAAGAAGAGAAAAUUUGAGGAGACGGCCGUUUUAGAAUCAUCACAAGAUGUUGAAUCUCCCGCUCCUAUCUCCUUAGCUACAGUCAGGCCGUCAACUAAAAAGCGCAAGCUUAGCAAAUCUGCUUCUACAAGUGCCGUGAACACAGCUGGAGAUGAAUUUUUAGUGGAAAGUGCAGCGAUGGGUAUAGGCCCUCGAACUUCUCCUUCUGUUGGCCCAUCCGCUAUCUCGAAACGGUCACCGCGUGCUUUAUCUCCGGCGAAAUUGCGCCGAACAACAGGUUCCGUGGCUGCCAGGAUCCGUCCCACCCCCACACCGCCUGCUACUCGAGCAGGCUCUCGACCACGUUCCGCCACUGGAGCCUCUGGAGAAUCGAUUGGCCGAGAUCGACCUCGAAGGAAGAGCGCAACCCCAGCAGUUGCCAAGGCCACACCUGGAGCGGAUCAACCCGCCGGUACAACCGCAGCUGGUCGCCGUAGCAGGCGCCCUGCGCCAGGACCCGUAACAUCUGGCCAGGAUGGCGGCGCUGCCGUAAGUGUAGGCCGUCGCAAGGCCAAACCAGUGAAGAAAAGGAAGGAUCAGAACAUGGCUCCCAGGACCGAGGAUAUACGGAUGGAUGAGGAUGGCUUCCUGGAAGAAAUCGACCCGAACGAACCAAGAUACUGUCUCUGUGGAGACGUGAGUUUCGGUACCAUGAUCUGCUGCGAGGAUAAUGAUUGCGACAAAGAAUGGUUCCAUCUCGACUGUGUCGGCCUCUCAGAAGUUCCAAGUCGGACGGCGAAGUGGUACUGCCCAGAAUGUCGGAAAAAGCUUGGGAAAGCAUUAACGGACGGCAUAGUUCGAACUGGCGGUGGACGGCGAUGCCCAUAG